AUGGCUUCAUUACACUGUGUUUAUCCCAACAACCAGACCCAUUCUGGAUCCAACUAUUCGGGACUGGUAACCGGUUGCUCGAGUACAGGAAAGAACUGGCCUGCUUUGGUCAUUCUGGUCAUUAUCUUCUUCACCGUUGGUGGGAAUAUUUUAGUGAUACUGGCAGUGUCCUUGGAGAAGAAGCUGCAGAAUGCUACAAACUUUUUCUUGCGCUCUCUGGCAGUAGCAGACCUGCUGGUGGGAGUCCUGGUCAUGCCAGCAUCACUCAUAAACAUCUUCUAUAAUAAAUCGUGGCCUCUGCCCCAUGUGUUGUGCCCCAUGUGGAUUUUCCUGGAUGUGUUCUUCUGCACUGCCUCCAUCAUGCACCUGUGUGCCAUUUCUUUGGACCGCUACAUCGGCAUCCGCAGCCCCAUCCAGCACAGCCGCACCAACUCGCCCUACAGGGCCAUGACCAAGAUCAUUGCAGUCUGGACCAUCUCCAUGGCUAUCUCCUUGCCCAUCCCUGUCAUCAGCCUGCAGAAUGAACAGAAGGUUCUGGUGAAUGGCAGUUGCGUCCUCACUGAGCCUCGCUUCAUAAUUGUGGGUUCCUCUGUGGUGUUCUUCCUCCCACUAAUAAUCAUGGUUGUCUGCUACUGCCUGACCAUGCGGGUGCUCCAGCAGCAUCUGGCCAACUUUUCCACUGAGCACAGGAACUGCACUAACAGCAAGCAGCCAUCACCUCAACCCAGCCUCCUGACUGUUGAUCCAUCUUCUCGUUCUAAUUCCCCAAGCAAAGGGGUGUUGCAGCACCUCAGCCCUCCACUGAGGGUCCGUGAGUGCACAGGUUCACGAGGUCAGGGGAAACGACGCAUAGCUCAGGCUAUCCAGAAUGAACGCAGGGCCUCUCAGGUCUUGGGUGUGGUGUUUUUCCUUUUCCUGGUCAUGUGGUGUCCGUUUUUUGUCACCAACGUGAUAAUUGCAUUGUGCCAAGGUGGAUGCAGUAAACGCUUGCUCGGACUAAUGGACAUUUUGGUUUGGGUGGGCUAUGUUUCCUCAGGAGUCAACCCCCUCAUCUACACCCUAUUCAACAAGAGCUAUCGCCAUGCCUUCUCCCGUUACCUGCGCUGUAGCUAUCAUAAACAGGCUAAAGCUUUGAUCAGCAACUCUGCAUGUCAUGUUUAUUCUGUUACACCCACCCCUGUGCUGUGUGAGAGGAGCUUCAAUUCAGGGUUUAGUGGCUUCAGUCAGGGACACCAACAAGGCAAGAUGCUGAAAGAAGGUGUUAGUAAGCAGCCAAGUAACUGAGAACAUUUAUCUAGUCUCUAGUCAAAUAACUACAGUGAUGUUAAACACUCAAUGCCCAACAUAACUAUGUAGCUUCUAUUGUUCUAGCUAGUUAGGCUAUUCUAACAUUAACUUGCUGCAAAUUGUUAGCAGCUACCAGCCAAAGAUAGCGUCUUCAUGUGGACUGAGCGAUUUCAGUAGAACAUUAUGGUUCAUAUCUUCUGUUUGAACUCUGCUUUAUGUCUCUUCUGUACACUUCUUAGCUGUGAGAGUGAGACACGAUGGUGAUCCAGCAGAAACUGGGUGUGAAUUUUUCCUGUGAAUCUUGGAAGCUUCAUCUUUACAUAAAAAUAUUUAUAUCUGAGAUUUCUUUCCAAUGUUCUGAUUCUUUAGAAUCUCUAAAUUUGUAACUUAGCAUGAUAUGUUUUUGAAAAAUAUAUGCAGUUAUUAAAUACCCCACAGAAUCAACUGCAGUUAUGAUCUGUUUAGAAUUCAAAUAUAUAUGAAGCUUAUAUUCAAAGACAUUUCUCAGCUUCCCAGCUCCAUCUUCACACUUCUAUUGUUUCUCCUUUAUUUGCCUUAAUCUCAGCUGAUUAUUGUUGGGUGAGUCAACAGGUUGGCUGCUGUAUUGCUCUACUUUUAACUGUGAUGAAUCUUUCUUGGAGGAUUAAUGUACUUUUACAUUCAUGAAUAAUAAAGAGGGUUCUCCAGUUGAUAAAUUCAUGGCUACACAGACGCUAUAAACAGUAUGGUGUAGCCAUCAUCAAUAAUUUAUGGUAACACAAUGAGAAUUUGAUCAGACAUAUAUCUGAGCACGGCUUCGAAAUGCCCUCAGAGAUCACAUUAAUCAGAGGCAGAGUUAAUGAAGAAGAAGGAGGAGAUCGUGCGCGAUGUUCUACAUGGCAGCUCAAGUGAGUUACUUGAAUGUUUUUUACUCUGAACUCGUCAUUUUGAAAUCACGUCAUCACAUGAAAUCAGCAGACAGCAGUGACAUCAUCCAGCCGUCAUCCAUAACCUUCACACAGAAUGCAGCUGAAAACAGACCAAAAACAUUUCCUUUAGAGACACAACUGCGUUCCAACACUAGCAGAAGGACUGUGCAAGUACUCCUACUUCCUACCUUCACAGAUGUCUUGAUUCUUGCCUUGUUCUUCAGAUUGAUUUUGUCAGUAAAAGAUUUAUAUUUUUAUUUUGGUUUUAUUCUGAACAAAGGUUGAUGUUCCACAUUAUACAACUGAACGCUGCAUUGAACCAGAAAUGUGUAUUUUCUGUUCAGAACAUUUUCAGAGCUCGCAGUGGGAUUUGUUGUUGUAGAAGUACAGAUUUUCCUGUGGUGAGAAAUCAUUCAAUUUAACACAUAAAAAUAAAGUUUUCCGAGUGAUUCAGUUGCGUUCAAAUAAAAAGGAAAGAAAGAAAUGUUUUCUUGGUAUUUUAGUAUUGGGUCUCAUUUUAUAAGAGUUUCUUUUACACUGUUGAUCCAGAAUGUGCAGAAUUACAUGGAAGCACCAUUUAAGUUAUCUGAAUAGUUUUGUAAAGAAUUCUGUUAUUUUGCUAGUAGCAUAAUGACCAGGAUCCAGUCAGUUAGCACUAUGUCUCUGUCAGUUAGCACUAUGUCUCUGUCAGUUAGCACUAUGUCUCUGUCAGUUAGCACUAUGUCUCUGUUAGUUAGCACUAUGUCUCUGUCAGUUAGCACUAUGUCUCUGUCAGUUAGCACUAUGUCUCUGUCAGUUAGCACUAUGUCUCUGUCAGUUAGCACUAUGUCUCUGUCAGUUAGCACUAUGUCUCUGUCAGUUAGCACUAUGUCUCUGUUAGUUAGCACUAUGUCUCUGUUAGCUUUCAUUCACUAUAAUGCUAUUAAAUAUAAAACUGUAGAUUUACACUGUAGCUGAGACGUUACAGAGGACCUCUCUCUCUCUCUCUCUCUCUCUCUCUCUCUCUCUGUCUCUCUCUCUCUCUGUCUGUCUGUCUGUCUGUCU